AUGUCGGCGAAGAGCAUUCUCGAGGCCGAUGGCAAGGCCAUCAUCAACUACCACCUCACUCGCGCCCCUGUGAUCAAGCCCAGCACUCUCCCUCCCCCUACCAAGCACAACCCCCCUCCUAGACUCGCCUCUCUUCACUUUCCCGAGGACCAGGACGUCUCUACCGUUCUUGACCAGGCUGAGGUCACAUACCCGUGGCUCCUCCAGUCGGAUGCCAAGUUCGUUGCGAAGCCCGAUCAGCUGAUCAAGCGCCGUGGAAAGAGCGGUCUUCUCGCUCUCAACAAGACAUGGCCCGAGGCGAAGGCGUGGAUCGCUGAGCGUGCUGGCAAGACACAGCAGGUUGAGCAUGUCGAGGGUGUCCUCCGCCAAUUCCUGGUCGAGCCCUUUGUGCCUCACCCCGCCAACACCGAGUACUAUAUCAACAUCAACUCAGUCCGCGAUGGCGACUGGAUUCUCUUCACCCACGAGGGCGGUGUUGAUGUUGGUGAUGUCGACGAGAAGGCCGAGAAGAUCCUCAUCCCCGUGGAUCUCUCCGAGUUCCCCUCCAACGAGGAGAUUGCCGCUACGCUCCUGAAGAAGAUCCCCAAGGGUCUUCACAAUGUCCUGGUUGACUUCAUUGUCCGUCUCUAUGCCGUCUAUGUUGACUGCCAGUUCACAUACAUGGAGAUCAACCCCCUUGUGGUCAUUCCCAACGAGGAUGCCACUUCCGCCAGCGUUCACUUCUUGGACUUGGCUGCCAAGCUCGAUCAGACUGCCGACUUCGAGUGCGGUGUGAAGUGGGCCAUUGCCAGAUCGCCAGCUGCUCUCGGCAUCACUGCCCCAUCAUCAGCCAACGGUUCCGUCAACAUUGACGCCGGUCCCCCAAUCGAGUUCCCUGCUCCCUUCGGCCGUGAGCUCAGCAAGGAGGAGGCUUACAUCGCUGAGCUUGACGCGAAGACUGGCGCUUCCCUCAAGCUUACCGUCCUCAACCCCAACGGCAGAAUCUGGACUCUGGUCGCUGGUGGUGGUGCUUCCGUCGUCUACGCCGAUGCCAUUGCCUCUGCUGGUUUCGCCGACGAGCUUGCCAACUAUGGUGAGUACUCUGGUGCUCCCACCGAGUCCCAGACCUACCACUAUGCCCGCACUGUCCUCGACCUUAUGCUCCGUGCGCCAUUGAGCGACAAGGGCAAGGUCCUGUUCAUCGGUGGUGGUAUUGCCAACUUCACCAACGUUGCCUCCACCUUCAAGGGUGUGAUCAAGGCCCUCAGAGAGUACGCCAAGGCUCUCAACGAGCACAACGUCCAGAUCUGGGUCCGUCGUGCCGGCCCCAACUACCAGGAGGGUCUCAAGAACAUGAAGGCCGCGACACAAGAACUCGGCCUCCAGGCCAAGAUCUUCGGCCCCGAGAUGCACGUCAGCGGUAUCGUGCCCCUUGCCCUCAUCCCCGGCAAGUGGGAGGCUGCCGGUAUCGAGGAGUUCAAGGCUUAA